GAGUUAUGAGAGCUUGUGGUAUGUUGAUACUGUAAUGCUAAAAUGAUGUUUACACCUACACCGAUGACCGACUGAAAAAAUGGAUUCAGUGAUGGCUUUUUCCUGAUUUUCUGUGAUUUUACUAUGAAGAUUCAAUAACUAAACUUAAAUAUUUACUUUUCUUUUUCUAAUGAUGAUCUCACUCUAUCAACAACGCCUAAACGCUUUUAUAUCUGCUAUCUUUUCUACCUCAAACCCUUUCUUAUUAAUCCUACUCCCCCAUCCAGUUUUGCCCUACAGACUUUAAUUUAACUUUGUCGACUAUGGCUGCUGCUAUGAAGCUUCAACUGUCCUUGGAGGAAAGCAGAAUUCGAGGUUCAGAUUUAGGCAUGUGUCCUGAUCAGGUGAAGCCUGUGACUUGGGCACCUAUGAAAGGAAAAUACUGACGAAAUUGUUGUGGUUGAUGUGGACACAGCAGCCGCACUCAUCAUGGACAUGUUUUCUCUUCAAUAGGUUGUUUUUGUUUUAUGCCAUAUCAAACUUCCAAACAUCUUUCUCUGCUAGGCCCUUUGGUGUUCUUUUGAACUUUUAAGACUUAGGGAUGGUUAUAUGUGAUUGAAAUAGAAGAUGCAUUGACCAUUUUUGGCAUAGGUUUGGCAAGGAAGCAAAAAACUGGUUAUUAUUUAAUAUAUACUCUUGGGAAACGUCAUUCGUGCUAGUGAAAGUAUGAAUGUGACAACUAUCACCAAAAUAGUGGGACUUUUAGCAGUUACUUUGCAAAUUUUUGUAUCCCAUUUAGCUUUUUCAAGCAUGCUAGAAGCUCUGGGGUAACAAUAGCCAUGUUUAAGUGUGAGUUUAAGUUCAAUUCCAAAAAUAUGAAAGAAUAAAGGAAAAAAAAAGUGUUUACUUUGGCCAAAGAAACACCAGGAAAACCUAUUAACAGUUUUGAUUAUGAUGAAAUGCUGUUCAUCAAUGAAUUAAUGUAAGAUAACUUGAUAUCUCAUCAAGGAACAAGAUGAUGUGGUGUGGUGCUUUUGACUUCCUUCAAAGUUCCUUCUCUCUCUCUCUCUCUCUCUCUCUCUCUCUCUCUCUCUCUCUUUUAUCAACUUCUGCCUAGUUGCAAAUUGAAACAGAGGAAAUGAAUGGAAUUUAUCACUUUUGUCUUUUACUUCACUUUUGAUUUCUAUAUAUUUCAUGGAAAACUUUGCCCUAAGGAAAUAUGUUUAUCAUUAUUACUAUUAUCAAUGCUUUUACAAUCUCACGUUCAUAAUUUCACUACCUUGUCUCUCCAAUUAAUUAUUGGCUUCUUAUUACAGUUUUUUAUGAUUGUUACUAUUUUCAUUUGAGAUGUUUUUUCCCUUUCUUUUUUUUUUUUUCUUAAUGGAAUACUUACUAUGUAUUAUCAAGGUGAGAGAUGUUAAAAGUGAAAAGAUUCAUCAGGAUAUUAUAAUCUUUGCUUCCUUUUUUUGCUGCAAUAGCAACAAUGAAUACCUAAAAAGGAAAAUAACAAAUCAAUUAACAGUCAUAUUUAUUAUCACUCUUUAUAGGUACAAAUCGCUGUAAUCAGUUGUGACAAUGAGCAAGUCACAAUACAUUAUGUGUUUUUGCAUUUGCUUAAUAGUUGAAGCAAAAGCUUUUAUCCUUUCUAUUCUCUUGACUGGUGAUGGAUUACUGAUGAUGAUAAUGAUGCUGAUUUCAUUUCUGAUGGUGAUAAUGGAACUAGUUUCUUGAUUUUGAUCCUUCUAAUUUCAGAGUGAUAUCACAAUCGGUUGUGAUGAGAAUUGUUUGUAUUGGUAUUUUUCUUUCUCUUGAUCAGUUGCUUGUAAAUUAUUAUCACUGUGUCUCUGUUUCAGCUUGAUUUGCUUGUAUCGAUUGAAGUCUAGGAGAUCAAAUGGCAUUAAUUAGUGAGUGUCCAAAACUUAACAGUUCAUUUUUUCUAUCAAUAGCUAUCUUAUUCUGCUUAUGCGAACAAGCAUAAAGUUAUUGGAAAGAGAAGAGUCCAAAGGCAUGAAGGACUCAAGUAGAGGACUGAAUGAUCUAUCUUAGCAAGAGCACCAGGAAAGUCUGGUGUCAAAAGCAACUAUUCAAGGCCUUUGAUUUCCCUUUUAAAUCUGAUAAGCUCCUACUUGACUUUUUCAUCAGUGGCCUGCUGUGAUGAAGUGAUCCUUGUGUGUUAUGAUUUCCUAUAAUCUAUUGUUCUAUUGCUCUUAGGUUGAUAAUCUUUCUUUGCCUGGCGGGAUAAUCUGUCUUGUCUAAUUUGUAAGGGCUGUAAGAGGAGUCAUCUCUUUUUACCACACUUGUAGACAAGCUACUCAAUUUGCCUUUGAAAAGUAAAUAUGGAAGUUGUUUCGUUGGUCCAUUGGUUUUUACCAUAUGCCCGUAUCCCCUUGAAAAUCCAUUGGUUCUCUAUCAUCUUAUCAAACAUGGUACGUUACAGAUUUCCAUUCAUGAAACACGUGGAAAGAACGGGAACACGUGGCUUUAGAAAUAUUUUUACUCUUCCUGAGAAUCGCCUUUUAAGUACUUUUUCCUUAUAAAAAACCGAGACAAGGAUUCUUCAAGGCCAAUUCCUGAUCGCUGGAUGCUGGUUGUUAAGGAGCAGAAGGAUGGAUCUAGUCUUUCGUACUACACAUGUCCUGAGAGUGGGCAAAAGUUCAACACCUAUGAAGAUCUCAUGCGAUAUGUGAACUAUGCAAAAGCUGCUAAGCUUUCCAUCUACUCUCCUAAUUUCUGUCCCCGGAAACCUCCCCGCAAACCAAAGAAAAAAGCUAGCACACCUGAAGUAGCUCAGAAUGUAGCCGAGAAGGACAAGGACUCGGACUCGGACUCGGAUUCAAGCGAUUCAACAUUCGAGUUGCCUCCCAUUGCUUCGCUCGAGUUUCUAGAUGAGUGGAGUUCAGCGGAGUCUGAUAAGCAAUCUGCUUCGGGAAAGAAGAAGUUAGAGAAGAACCAUGCUUCAAAUGAAGGUUGCAGCAGUGGUAACACGGGAAAGGCUAAGAAACAGAAGAAGUAAAUGAGUAGAAGAUGGUGCGGGUGCGGGUGCAGUUGAUCAGCAAGUUUAUGUUCUGCCUUUCUCUUAUUUUGCAAUGGUGUGGUUUUAUUUAGGGUUUGAAUAAAUGAGUUAAAACAAAACUAAGAACAAUAGAUCUUUUCUUUUUCUAGUGUGGACUGAAUGACGAACUUUUAAGGCUGAUCAAUUUGAAAUAAAUUACUUUACUAAUC